AUGACAAAUGAUAUUGCAUUAAUGGUUGGUGAAAUUCUUCAUGACUUUGUGGUAUGUACGACUCUUCGAAAAUGCCUUACUGAUGGUUGUAACAAUAUUGAUAAAAACAAUUUCUCAGAAAUUUCGAUAAGAAUAGGGGAGAGUCGGAUGCCACGAAACUAUAAUAGAAAAACUGAAAUAAAAUAUAGGCUAGAGGAUUUAAAAAAGGCCAUAAAAGACGUGAAAAAUAAAACUUUUUCAUUAAGUCAAGCCUCUUUAGCUUAUUCGGUGCCUAAAACCACAUUAUUUGACUAUUGCAAGAAAGAAUUCAUAACACAACCAAGAGGUGGAAGAAAAUGUAUAUUCUCAGAUGCACAAGAAAAAGAGUUAAAAGAAUAUAUUGUCAAAUGUAGCCAGGUUUUUUAUGGGUUAACAAUUGAAAUGGUGCGAAAAAUUGCUUUCAAAUUUGCUGAACGAAAUAAGUUGACCCAUAAAUUUAACAGGAAAACCCAAUUGGCAGGUAAAGACUGGUAUUAUUCUUUCAUAAAAAGACAUUCAAAUAUUUCAUUGAGAAAACCUGAGCCCACUUCAUUAAACAGAAUAAAUGGAUUUAAUGCAACAGAAGUAAAAAUGUUUUUUGAAAAUCUGGAAACUUUACAAAAAACUUAUCACUUUGACCCUAAUCAUAUAUAUAAUGUUGAUGAGACCGGUAUUUCUAAUGUUCAACGAAAUUCCAAAAUCUUAGCCCUUAAGGGCCAGAAACAAGUUGGGAUGGCAACCAGUGCGGAAAGAGGUUCAACAACUACAGUUGUUUGUGCAUUCAGUGCUUCAGGAAAGUAUAUUCCUCCAUUUUUUGUAUUUAAAAGAAAACGCAUGAAUAAUCAGUUGUUGCGGGGAGGCAAUGCUGAUAUGCUUGCUACGGUCAGUGACUCAGGUUGGAUCAAUGAAAAUUUAUUUGUGGACUGGCUUUAUCACUUUAUCUCAUUUGCUAAACCAACCAAAGACGAACCUGUGUUAUUAAUCCUAGAUAACCAUGAGAGCCAUAUUAGCCUUGAUUGCUAUCUACUCUGUCGUGGAAAUGGAAUUGUAUUGUUAUCCCUUCCACCACACACUUCCCAUAGAAUGCAACUAUUAGAUUUAACAUACUUUGGUCCACUCAAAUCUGCAUACAACAGGGAAUGUGACAUUUUUAUGGCAGCAAACAUAGGCCGAAGAAUUACUCAAUAUGAAGUUGUUGAACUAUUUACAAAACCUUUUAAUCGUCUGAGCAAUAUUGAAAAAGCAGCCAAUGGAUUUCGAGCAGCUGGUAUUUAUCCGUUAGAUCCCACAAAAUUUAAUUUUUUUCCAAUCAGUAUCGUUACACAUGAAACGUCAUUACUUGAUAACAUUCAGAGUUCAGAAUCAGUUCAGAGUUCAGAUACUCAAGCCAAAUCAUCUGAAGUGUUAGUUAACCUAUCAUUGAAUCCUUCUAGUGUAGGUCUGUCGCCUGAUGUGAAUAUAGCCCCUGAACUGGUACUAAAUAGAUCAAAUCAGUCAAUAUCUCUUUUAAAUAUUGUCUCUGUACCUAAUUUGCCAAAAAGAAAAACCAGAGAAAGUCUAAGAAAAAAACAUUCUACUAUUAUCACUAGUUCUCCAAUGAAACAUUUUUUAGAGGACAAGCAGCAAAAGAAAAGUAUGAAGGAACAAGAAGUAAAACAGACUGCUGAAAAGUAUCAUGAUCCACCCACGGAAGACUGGAUAAAAUGUUAUAAAUGUAAGUCUUGGUACCACGAGAAGUGCACAAGUUGUGCAAGUACAUCAAGAGGUGUUCUCUGUGAUUUUUGCUAUGAAUAA